GUGAGUUCGCCUCCUGUCACGCAUCACUGGUGCGCCUGGCCGCCUCGCCUCGCCUUGCACUGCACUGCAUGCCCGUCCUUUGCGGGCACGCGCAAACACUUUGCCCAUACAUGCAUUGUGACGGGCAGUGUCAAUGCAAGGGCCACCAGACUGCGACGUGGACAAUUCAAAUUUGAUUGCUGACCACUACUCUUCUCCUUGUCCUCACCGAAUUGCCCUCGCCCUCGUCCUCGACGCUCUCACUGCUCGUCUCGACCGCCUCCUUUGCCCCACCGUUACCUCGCAUUGUGAAAACGUCGCGCCGUCUCGUCAAUAUUUGGGGCAAACCAUCAACUCGCGUCUCCUCCAAUUCACAUUCUGCACGACCCUCCUCCCACGCCGCGUUCGUGGACUCGCCCAUUGUCCUUCCAUCAUUUGGCGCAACCUUUUUGUUCGCUCCGAUCUGGUUUUGCUCACUGCAUCCGCUCUUUAACUCGUCGUACCCGACCAUCGUCAACACCUUCAACUCGACGUUGACGUCACCCUCGUGGCCACUCAUCAACCCGUUCAUUUCUCCACGACGCCUCGUUUUCAUCUACCUUCCCUCGUGCACCGCUAUAACCCAUAUACCAUGGCGUACGCCCAGCAGCCCAGGAUGACUUCCAUGGACCUUCGCGUUGGCGGCAAGUACCGCAUCGGCAAGAAGAUUGGUAGCGGCUCGUUCGGUGACAUUUACCUUGGUGUCAACAUUGUCUCUGGUGAGGAGGUUGCUAUCAAGCUUGAGUCCGUCAAGGCCAAGCACCCUCAGCUCGAGUAUGAGUCCAAGGUUUACAAGUCGCUCGCCGGUGGUGUCGGUGUUCCGUUUGUCCGUUGGUACGGUACCGAGUGCGACUACAACGCCAUGGUCCUUGACCUCCUUGGCCCCUCGCUCGAGGACCUCUUCAACUUCUGCAACCGCAAGUUCAGCCUGAAGACGGUUCUUCUCCUCGCCGACCAGCUUAUCUCGCGUGCCGAGUACAUUCACUCGCGCAACUUCAUUCACCGCGACAUUAAGCCCGAUAACUUCCUCAUGGGCAUCGGCAAGCGCGGCAACCAGGUCAACGUCAUCGACUUUGGUCUCGCCAAGAAGUACCGUGACCCCAAGACCCACCUCCACAUCCCCUACCGCGAGAACAAGAACCUCACCGGCACUGCUCGUUACACUUCGAUCAACACCCACUUAGGUGUCGAGCAGUCGCGUCGUGACGACCUCGAGUCGCUCGGUUACGUUCUCAUGUACUUCCUCCGUGGCCAGCUCCCGUGGCAGGGUCUCAAGGCUGCCACCAAGAAGCAGAAGUACGACCGCAUCAUGGAGAAGAAGAUGACGACCCCCACCGACGUCCUCUGCCGUGGCUUCCCCAACGAGUUUGCCAUCUACCUCAACUACUGCCGUUCGCUCCGUUUCGACGACAAGCCCGACUACUCGUACCUCCGCAAGCUGUUCCGCGACCUCUUCGUCCGUGAGGGCUUCCAGUACGACUACGUGUUCGACUGGUCCGUCCAGCCCCCCAAGGUCACCGAGACCCGUGAGCCGCGCGACGAGUCGCAGAAGUUCCGCAUGGCGCCUGAGGCUCACCUCGGCAUUGCCCAGGACCCCAAGGCGGAGCCCCAGCGCCAGCUCCGUUCGCAAACGCGUAACAUUGCCCGUGAGCAGCAGGGAAACUGGUAAAGGAGAAGAGCACGAGGAGCGCAGGCACGCCACUUUGACCGAGCUGGUCGUGGUGUGACCGUGCGUUCAGGCACAACAGUGAAGUGCGGUAGGAGCGGACGAUGGUGGAUGGCAGCGGUCGCGGAUGCGUAGGAGCCCCUCGGUUCGGCUCGCCACGGAAUCACCCCACUGAGCGGACGUCGCUGCACCGCCAGUCACGAUUCCCCGGCGCCAUGGCUCCGGUUAACGACCAUCCCCGACUUUCCCCAUUGUCUGCAUUAUUCUCUCUGCACCCCCCGACUCAAGUUUCAACACACGCGAUACCCUAAACUCAAUGACACGUUCAUCUUUCCACCCAUCGACUCGAUCCACCACCACCACCCCACCCUUAAUCUAUACCCCGCCUCGUCGCUUUGCCCAGGCCUCUUGGGACUGCGCAGGCAUAUGUCUCAGUUCAUUUGCGUCGUCAACGAUCCAACACCUUUCCCGCAGCGCCGUCGAUGCGCUCGCGACCUCAUCAGCUGCGACCCUGGCGUGUCUACCUCUCUCGACACGACCGCUCGCCAACCUCCCCCGUACAACAGUCCUCCACCCCUUCCCCUCUCCCUCACCCUGACACACCGUAUCCCACCCCUUCUCACAAUGACAAACAGCCCAGCGUCGUCACAGCUCCGAGUCCCUGUUAGCCCCCCUCAUGGCACGAAUGCCAAGGUUGGGCGCGGGAGGGCGCCAUAUCCGUGUGAUGUGCUAGCUUCUGUGCGCUCAAAGUGUGCUGGCUGCCUCCAUAAGUUCUGUGAUGAUGCAUGUUAGGUUGAUAAUGU